ACUGCUGGGAUUUAGAUGAAAGCAGUGACUAAACGUUAGUUUCUGGAAGGAGAAAAUCUCCACAGAAACAUUUCCAUGCAUCAGACAAAAGUGCCUGUUUGAGAAGAUGUUCCCUGUCCUCAGGAGUUCAACUCUGACACGGUCCAGGUUGAUAAAGGCCUUUCAGCAAAGCCGAAAGACAACUGUCUACAGCAAGCCAGCAAAGGAGAAGAUUGGGCCCAUGGUAUGAUUAUAUGUCUUUGUUUAUGGUAAAGAAAUGUGCUAAUGGCAGAAAAUUUAGUUGUGUGGUAGAAAAUGCUUUUUAAACAAAUGUUAAGUUAAAAUGUUGGACAUCUGUACUAUAUGUAAGCAAAGUUUCAGACUGCAAGGUUUGUGUGUGUUUAAGUAAUCUCCAGAUGCGACUACAAGGGGCUCUAAAUGGUCUGUUCAAAAAGUCACGCAAGAAUUCAACCAGAUCAACAUAAGAGUUGCUCAAAUUGUAUCAUCUCUUUCAUAACAAUUUUGACCUAUAAAUGAUAGACACAGUAAAACAAAAAAUAGUCCUGGAAAGUCACUAUCUAAGAUACAUUUCUGGACUACCCCUAAUGCGAAGAAUUCAAGCGAACCAACUCCCCAGCCAGCAGAGUGGGGGAGAUGUUUUAUUAAUUUCUUUUAUCCAUAAGUUAGUGUGCAGCUCUGGCCUCUGUAAAGAGAUCCCAUGAUAGAACUGCAGUGUAGUAGCCUGUGUUUAUAGUGCUAUGUAUCUGUUGAACUGCCCCAAAGGACAUGCACAUGUUUGUUUGCUUUUAUUUAAAGUCUGGCUCUAGUUGGAAAAUACCAAAGAGCAGAGGGACAGUAGGCGGGAGUAACAUGGUAGUUAGAUAUAGACAGGGAUUGUCCUUACUUUCUGGAUGACUCAUUGAGAUCAGGACCCUCUGUUGGGGAUAAACAGGUGUUAGAUUCUGUCCAUCUAACUUGCAGCUGACAACAGCUGAUGUUUGGGAACAAUACAAAGGAGCUAUAAAGUGUACACUAAAGAUUACACUUGAAUGUCUCGUACCAAAGUAUUUAUGUUUUUGUGUUUCUUGACUUUGUUGCAGCAAUCCCUCUUCACCUUGUGUGUAUUUGCUAUGACUCUUUUGGCCCCGGCUGGAUGGAUCAUGCAUCACAUCCCAGAAUAUCGGCGCAGAUCACGUCGUCACCCCUGACCCUGGACUAGAAAACCAUAUGCUUCUGUGAAUGUGGUGAACCUUCAGAUAUGUGAAAUAUAAUUGAAGCAAGAAAUAUUUGAGGAUAAAAUGGUUUUAUUGUAUGAAGUAUUGGAUACUAAAAGUGCUGAGUUAUGUCUUGCUUGAGAUCAUUUGGAUACAUGCAAAAUUAAAUGAUUUGUUGACUGAAGUGACAACUACAAUAGAUUUUUCUUUUCCUUUGCCAGGACACUUUUUUUUAUUAUUCACAUAAACCAACUAAGGUUACACUGGGUGCUGACUGUACAUACAAGACAUUGAUCCCAAUAAAAUGAAUAAAAUCAGACAGCUUUUGGCACAAACAAAUGAUAAUUGAAGAGGUCUGGCAGUCUGUUCACACUCCAUACCAUGAAAUCUGUUUAACUUUCUGUAGCAUUUUGGCUCUCAAAAAAGAAGCAGAACUUAAUUUAACAAAUGUUAUGUGUAGGCCAUUAUUAGGCUUAUAAGGGUAUAGUCCUUAUGUGUCUGUGUACUUGUAAGUACACAGACACAUUAUAAAAAUAGGUAUUUAAAAUCACAUACUUUCACGUAACAAUCUGAGUUAAUUUUGAAGGAUCCCUUUACAUGCAAGUAAAAAGCAUGGAUUUUACUGCCAAUAACAGGGUAAACGCAUAUAAAAUUUAGAUUUAAUAAGUUAAAAGAACAACACAUGCAUGCAGCCACGGUUGAGAUAAUACAUCAUGACAACCAUCUGUUGCAUGUUCAGCCUCCUAUAGUGCAGAAAAAAACAUGAGCAAUAAAAGGCUAUCUGAACCAAUACACUCAGGUAUUUCCCUCCUCUAAUCGGCUCCCAGACCACUGAUAGGGUUGUUGGAUUUCUUGAAUGACAAUUUGUCAAAGCCGGAUCAGUCCAUUUGGAAAGGUAUGAUGUGGCAGAUAAUAAUUAAAAUCCUUCCCCGCUUGGGCAAAAUAAAAAUCUUUGAAUUAAUAAAUGCCUCGUAAAAACGUCUCUUGGUUGUAAUUCCGCUGAAAGCCCACAAAAAACGACCGCAGCACCGCUCAAAAAAGCCACAGCGCAUAAAUCCAUCGCGCAGAGUGGUACAAUCAAGCCGCCGAGGCUGCACGAGCUGCAAGGGGGGUAUGUUCACUUUUUCACGACUGAGGCAAACACACAACGCCGGGGAGGGGGAAAAAAGCUCUAAAACAUUUGACACUUCUGUUUUAUGUUACCCCAAGUGUCAACGAGAUGUCUACAAAGGCAGAGCAGUGUAAGUAGAGCGGUGUUUGUGUUGUGUUUUUUUGGUCCUGUCUUGUCAUUUGGGGGGGUUGGAAACUGGGAGAUGUGAUUUUUGUCUUAAGCAAGAAAGCGACUGAGGGGAGCUGUCCUUGGUGAUGAAACCGCGGUUGCCAUGGCAGGUUGCAACACGUCCUCUCACUGCAGAGGAUGGCUGGAGGGCUCAGUGCUCUCGGGAAAGCCUCUGUUUAUAAUUCUAUAUCGCACGGCAUGCUGAGAGGGAGAACAAUUUCGUGGCAAAAACGCACAGUCGUCACGGUUAGAAUGUGGUUAUUUUUGAUUGACGUGGCUGGAAGAGGUGUGUGCGAUAGGCGAGGUGUGUUGGUCUCAAGGUCGACUUGACAGAUUCUUUACUGAACAAUAUGGUGGCUUCAGGUUGAUCAAUUUUGUAGAUUGACAAAACCGACCCGAAGACCGUUCUGUGAAUUUCCUCUUCCAUCCUCUGAUUUGCUUUGAACAGGUGGAAGCCAGACUCUGCAUGGUCACAUUUCCUCCCAUGUUAUACAAUUGUUCCUGUAGCCUACACUUUUUAAAAAAUCAGAUGUUGCUCGCUUAAAAAGACGUAAAAUAUGGGGGCAAAUUUGUCUGGGAUUGUUUCAUCGAAAUUGACAUAAAGUUGUGUGUUGCCGAUCAGAGUAGGCUACCGAUUUCGAUUUCAACCUUUGAUCGGAUAAAAAUUAGAUAUCAGGAGUAAUAAAUAUGCCAUUGAAAGCACCAGCACCAUAUCAACCGGGCCUACCUGUUUUUGAAAAGCAAUUUGUUUAGUGAACUUAUCACGUGACAGACUACAUGAAAGGUGCUACAGGCAGAGAGUGUAUGGUCAGUCAAAGCUAGCCUUGAUUUUUCCUUAAAUACAUCUAGCUAUGUUUUUGUUGCAUGUAGUGUAGGCUAUCCCACUGAGUAAUAGACUGCUUUUAGAAGUCUAGGUUUUUUUUAGACCUAAUUUCAACCAUCUAAAUUCUGUAUAUUUUUAGAUGGAAUUCAGACAUUGCACUUUAACCCAUUAUUCAAUAACUAUUUAUUUCAAAAAGCAAAUGUGAGUUGCAUAACUGAUCUCCAAGUACUUUACCAAAAUAAUAGCCGUUGAGCAAUAUACAGUGUAGUAUAGAUAUAGCCCAGAUUUAGACUUGGUCUAAAUUUAGAUGUCUAGAAAACUUUAAUUUUUAGACCUGUGGUAGCCUGAUUUUAGACCAGUUGUCUAGGCUACAUUUAGACAUCUAUUAGACCUCUUUUAGACCAAAAAAUGCUGGUUAUAGUUUAUGAUAAAAUGCAAUAUUGUGCAAAGGUCAGUCAAUGCAUCAGGCAGAUACCAGGAAGUAGCCUUACCAAAAUAUUUUGUAAAGGAAAUAAUUGAUUACAAAUUCCCAAUAUUAGUCAUAGUAUACAACACUGCUAAAAGUCCAGGUUAGCUAUCACUUUGUAUGCUAGUCAGUGCUAACAAAAUGUAAACAAGGUGCUGUCCUACAGAAGUUUACUCUUAUUUUUGUUAGUGUAGUUAGUAUGGAGGUUUUCCAUCGGCCAAUAUUUAAGGCAAGGGUUAAGAAAUAGGGAUGUAGAACCUGUUGUAAAUACACGAUUUAGUUUGACAUAUGAGUUAAACACCAACCCUAAUUCACUGUUAAAGCUAAUUUUAGUGUUCAAGCAUCAAAAUGUUUAAAAAGAUAUUUUGCUUAUAUUCAUGAGGAGAGAAGCAUGUGAAUAGCAGCACAGGCCUUGACCACACAUGCUCCAACCCUGCAGCUGUUAUUCUAAUUUUGAGGUUUGUCAUUUACAGGUCAUAGAGGAAGCUAAACACUACAGCCCAAAGUCAGAGAAAAUGGGUCAACCAUCACCCUCUCUAACUUAUCAUAUCUCUUAUAUCACCAGGCAAAACAUAAUUCAAACAUUCAUACCUAAAACAGCAACCUGAGGGGAUGGUUUGUCAUGGUAACCUGCAGGGUCAGUGUCAUCUGUGACUAAGUCCUCUCGCAUGUUUACCCCUGAAUGCAUUUCCCGGGGCUUGUCUUGGGACUUGAACCGACAACCUUUUGUGCAUGUGCUUGUUUCUGUAAGCAAUAGUUCAGCGCCUCCUCCAGGGCUUCCUGUGACCUCACUGCUUUUCUCAAAGGUCACCUGGUGCAGGCCAAGAGAGCCAUGGGAACAUACACUUAGUUUGACUUGAUAAAUACAGCCCCUGAGCAAAAGCUGUCUCUGUAUCAGCCAGGAAACGACCAUAGUGUCAUACAUGUUCAACAAAUUGCCAUUUCUUUGUAAUGAACUGAUUAUUUUACCCUAAUGUUGAUUUGCUUGUUACUCUGCUCUUUAUUUUGUCUAGUUGCCUCUAAGAUACGAUACUUGCAAGAGUAUCACAACCGUGUGCAACACAAUAUAUACCCCGUGCCCUCUGGAACAGACAUUGCAAACACACUGAAAUACUUUUCCCAAACCCUGCUCAGGUAAGUACCCCGCUCUGGAGCCGACAGGUGAAGUAACAGACUGUAGAAUGUUUCAUAUUUAGUUUCCUUCAUGAUCCAGGUAUUUAGCGUAGUCUUACACACUAUUUACCACAUCAAAUGGAAAGGAAAGUAGAGGGAGACAGAGAUAGUUGCAGAUUCCUCAUGUAGGUGUGGUUUUAUGUUAAAGCAGCAGUGACAGACAGCUCACUGUUGUUUAUUGAUUCAGCGCUUGCUUGCUAGAUGAAAACUCCCUGGGGCCACGUGUUUUGUCCUUCCCACUGGGGCCCGGCAGAGAGGGCAGCUCCUCUGGCUCUACAGUUGUAGGGUCAGCCUCCUCCCAUGGGCGCUGUGAACGCCCGAGGGAAGAACAGCAUGCUAUUUCCUCUUCUGAUAAGGGUCAAGUAGGCAGCCAUUUUGGAUACAUCCUAUUACAUGAUGGGCCACUUCUCCCUUUCCCCCUCUAGAUCUGUUUUCAAAAUCCACUGCAGAAGUAAGAUAUGUCUGUCUACAUAUGGUUAGCUCAGUUUUCCUGCUUGUGGCUACUCAGAAAAUGUUAAUGCUGACUUAACUUGUUGGCUAAUUUACAAAACGGGUUAGGAUUACCAGAGGCAGAACUUGUAUGCCCCACUUUUAUCAUUAUUAUCAGCUUAGGGUGCAAUCUAUUUGAGAUUGGCAGCCGGCCUCAAAUCUACACUUUAUGCCUCGGCUCCAUAAGGAUUAUUUCUCUGCUGAGUGAGUGAUGCUCACUGAGUAUCCAGAAUACUUUGUAUGUGCUUUGCUGAAGGGCUAUCCAGCACCAGCAGUCACUAUGCUGUUUUGAACACUGCCUCUGAUUUGUCUUUGGCACAGAUGGAGCAUGACAGGAGGGGUUUCAAUUGUGGGAGCAUGUUAAUUUAAGAUUUUGUCCGAGGGGCAGUGUUUGAAUGCAACAGGAAGUACUCAGUAGUGCUCAAUUUUCUGCAGUUGCAGGGCCUCUUAGUGCAGAAAUGCAAAAGUUCUCCCCACGGUGAUGAGAGUGAUUUAAUGCCCUCAACAGAGACUCCAGGAUUAUCAGUAUACCUUUGCUUCUAAGACAGAAAAUGUGAAAACAACUGAUGGGUUAAGUGGAAAGACAGAAGUGAUGGGCUUUUAAAAAAAGGAGGUGCAGGCAUGUGUUAUGCUCCUAUGAAGAAAGCUGGAAAUGUCCAAAGGAGGUGUUGCUGAUUCAUUCCCUAACGUUAGUUUCAGGUCAGUUGCAGAGCAGACAAAAAAGAGGGGUUAAACUAUGCCAUUAUUCUGAACUAUUUAUGUCUCCUUAGAGAUAGAUCUGUCAUAAUUCUCCAAGUCAGGCUCUCUCUGCAUCAGUGAGCCACGCUGACUUCAUGCCAGACUGUAUCACUCAGACGAAUAACUUUAGGGAGCAGAAAUCAUACCUAGUGAUGUAGAGACAUUAUUUGAGAUGCCACAGAGCUUUAUUCCUACUACUCACACCUGAACAUUUGUUGCAGUAGGCCUUAAUGUGCUUUAAAUUGCUACUACACAUAGCAAAUAUAGAUAUACCUGUAGAAAGUGCAGGGUUUGACGGUCAAUGUAUGUCAUGUGUCUGUAUCAGUGCAUUUCUACAUGUGUUUUAUGUGUCGUAUAUGUUUGUAUUUUUGUGUUGUUUGUAUGGAUGUAUGUUAUGCACAUAUGUGUGUCCUUGUGUAUAUGUUCAGUGUGUGUGUGUGUGUGUGUGAGUGUGUCUGUUUUGUCUUUGUUCAUUGUUCAAAAGAAUUAUGAUGUUUUCUAUAUGGCAGUGAAAAAGUCAUACUCUGAGAUACAGUCUGUUCUUGUACAUUAGUCCUGCCACUUUAUGAAAGAAUCUACGCUGACUGAGAUCUUACAGAGUAUAACUUUGAGGGGAUAAGUCAGUAAAUGUGACAUUCUGCUUUUAACAGUGUAAAAUGUUAAGCCACAGGCCAAAAUUAUGCAUAAUCUUAUGUCAUGUUAAAAUAUUUAAAAUGAAAUCCCCUUUCUCGCUUGCCAGAAAUGCUGUAACUCUAUUUUGUGAGUGACCUAUCCAAAUGAAAGUAAAAAAAAAACAAAACAAAACAAAACAAAAAACAAUACAUCAGCAUUUAUAAUCUGGGCUCUCAUGAUAAAACCCAAUCAUUUGCCUGAUAGAACAGCUUAGCUCUUUAGUAAUGUGCAGUAAAAAAAAAAAGAGCAAUGCUCUCUGGCCCCCCUUCCCCCUUCCUCCACCCUAGACGCUCCGCACUCAACCCCAACUAAUUUCUCCUUUUGUUUUUUCCCUCUCUUAAAAUUGAAUAUGUCAACCACCUUCCCCAGGGGACAGCAAACACAAAUGUCCAUCCUGCAUUAGCUCACAAACAUAAUGCUACCAGUCAUCUCCCCCCUGAUACAACCUAUUCCUUUGUCAUUAUAGUUUUUCCUCUACCGUAGAUUAGUUGUUACAUUUAUUUUAGAAACCUGAAUCCAUAUGCCUGUUGGAUCUCAUUAUUUCUCCUGAUGAUACUGGUACAGUAUCAUAACGUAUGCAUACGGACAUUAUUUCUCUGGUGCAAUAAACAUGUGCUGUGACCUCAGAGCAUUUGAUCUUACCUCACACACAUGUUUAUUACUGGCUGAAGCAUGUUUCAAAAGUGUCACCUCUGUAUUUUCCCUAAACCAAUUUGGUGUCACUCCCAUCCUUGACAGCCCCGCUAAAGACAAGGAAAUUUCUGUUUUUCUUUUUCUUUUUUCAAAUUCCACGGCUCAUUGGCCUUUUUUUUGCAUGGUAGCCUCUGACCUUGCUCAUUGGAAGAUGGCAGCCAUCGAGGGACAGCCUUUUGAGCUGUGCCUUUUUGGAGAAGUAUGGGGUUGCCACUGAAAACAUGCCAUUUUUUAUAUUUUUGCUCCUUGUCACCAGAUACGCAUGAGAUGCAGUGAUCAUUGCAGUUUGUGCUCAUGUCUUUUUUUUCUUUUCCAAGUGCAAAGACAGAUCAAAUGAGAGAAAAUUGAAUCAAAGUCACUCAACAUACAAAGCAGGGAAAAAUUGCCCAUGCCUUCAGUGAUAGUCAAAUAGUGAGACACUGCAUCCUAUGUGGGGUUUAUCUGGGUUUGUUUUUUUCUAUUUACGCUGUCUCUGUAGUGCCAUUUCAAUGUAAUGUGCUGUUUUUUUGUGUCUUUGUUGUCUCUUUUUUUCCCUUGUUCCCUUCCCCUACCCUUCCCUCCCCUUCCCCUCCCGCCCCCGGAGCAGCAUUCUGUCCCGCACAGGCAGGAAGGAGAACCAGGAAGCUUCCAAUUUGGCCGUGCCCAUGACCAUGUGUCUUUUUCCUGUGCCAUUCCCACUCACCCCAUCUCUAAGACCACAAGUCAGUUCCAUCAACCCUACAGUUACUCGCUCCCUCCUUUACAGCGUUCUGCGCGAUGCCCCGUCAGACCGCGGGGGGCAGGGGCAGCAGAGUCGGGACGCUCAGCUCUCAGAGUACCCCUCUCUGGACUAUCAGGGCCUCUAUGUGACCCUCGUGACCCUGCUUGACCUGGUGCCCCUGCUGCAGCACGGUCAGCAUGGUGAGUCAAGGCCCAGUGCACCACUGUUUGUCAUCAUCAUCCCCAAGCCGUCUGGCCUGCAUGAAGCCACUGCUGCUUUUUUGGCCUCUUUUUUGUAACGGGAGGAGAGAAGUCCUGCUGAGGAAUCUUGAGGGAUGCAUGGGGUGAUUGGGAGCACGCUGGAUCCUGUCAACUUAAUCGUUCAUAAGCCAUUGGAUACACCAGACAUAGGCCUUCUCUUCUGUGUAUCAUACCCGACUGCAUGUAAAGUGGGAGAAAUGUUAUACUUCCGUUAUGAGGCUAAAUGUAAAAAUGUACUUUUAAAAUACUUUUUGUAUACAUCUGAGAAUGACUUAUUUCCAAGGCUGCAUCACAGUCAGUGCUCCUGUUUUUCAUGAAUAUUUGCCACUGUUAAAAUAAGCUCAAAAGCAUGAAAACCAUCCCCGACUUUUUUUUGUAUUCUUCCUUUUCUGAGGGUAAACUUUAUACUAUUUGCUUUUAAAGAAAGCUUACUGCCCUCAGCUGAAGCUCAUUCUCCUGAAUUUUUUCUCACUGUUGUUCUGUUAUAUGAUUGAAAUUUCAUGUAACUUUGUGGCUGCAUACAGUAUGUGAAUACUGUAUGUACUGUUAAUUGAAUGAGUUUCUGUGUAUCUCUCUUUGUCUUUUUUUUUUGCCUUCCUCCUUUCUCAUCAGAUCUCGGACAGUCCAUAUUUUACACAACAACAUGCCUCCUGCCCUUUCUCAGUGAUGAUAUUCUCAGCACUUUGCCCUAUACAAUGAUCUCCACUUUAGCCACAUUUCCCCCUUUCCUCCACAAAGACAUCAUUGAGUACCUGAGCACCUCUUUCCUCCCCAUGGCUAUAUGUAAGUAUGACUCUCGUGAAGAUAAAUCACAACUAAGCCACUUGGUGGGAUUAUAGGGAUGAAUGAAAUUAAACAAAAUGUGACACCUGUAGGACCUAACAUGAACCAAAACCUCUAUCUAGCGAACAAUAUUAAAGGAAACAUCAUUUUUUUUUUUUAAUUUCUCUUUCUUGCUUGUCUGUAGUGGGCUCUACCCGAAAGGAGGGGGGAGUCCCUGCCUAUGUCAAUCUGUCUGCCUCCUCAAUGCUCAUGAUUGCAAUGCAGUACACGUCAAAUCCAGGUAAACCAUCAUGUCAGCUGUUUAAAGAGCAUGCACUCUAGUGUGACUCAAUGAUUAUGACUGACUGACUAUAACUGACUUCUGAUCACUUCUUUUCAGUAUAUCACUGUCAGUUGCUGGAGUGUCUAAUGAAGCACAAACAAGAAGUGUGGAAGGUAUUUAUUUCACAAUAAAGAUAUUUGAACUCGUAAGAUUUUUAUUCAAAACAGAGAGCUAAAGUUAUGACAUAACAUCUUGGCUUGUAUGUAUUUCAUUAGCUGAAACAUAUGAACUAACUCUAUUCAAUCAUUUUCAAUAGUCUGACAUCCAGGUUAAGAAAGAUAGCCUUCUAUUAAUAUCUGUGCAAUAUAUAUGAAGUUUGGGAAAGAGACAGGCUAGAUGAGUAUGAACAAAGAAGCCUGGAAAACCACCCAUCAAGCCCAUAUGUUUUUUGAUUAUGUUUUGAUAAUACAAAAACCAAAAAGCAGCAGAAAAAAAACUCAGUUUCUCUGCUUCAAACCGUAACUGGAAGCACAUGUGUUACUUUAAGCUACAAUUUAGCUUGUUUCUUUAGCUGGUAACCAGCUGGAUCAGGCCACUCUGCACUCUACAUUUGUGGGCCACAAGUCAACAGACGCUUUAUUCUCAUUAUAAGGCUCAAACUUCUGGGAUGUCUGGACAGUUAGCUUAUUCUUCACUCUCUUUGACAUGACAUGCUCAUCUAUUGUCAUGUAGCACACAUUUAAAGGAUAAAGGCAGUUGUCCUAAAACUAAAAUUAAAAUUUGUCUUUACAAUCCUGACUUUCAUGUCUGUCUGCUUUUCAUUAUUUAACAGAGCACACAGUUAAACAGUGCUAGCUUCAGAUUUGGAAGCAGAGUUGUCUUCAUCCUUUUCAUAUGAUAAUCAAUGCUAUAAGAGCAUUCAGGAGUUUAUCCUGAGACAUUAGUUUAUGCCUUUUUAAUUCAUUCUAAAAAAAGAUAUGGCCUCAUCUGGUUCACCUGGUUUCAUCUGGUUUUCUGACAUUUAUGAGCAAGUCUUCUAAUAAAUUUGCCUUUUGAAAUAACUGCUCAUGUUUAUACUGUGUGCAGGACCUUCUAUAUGUAAUAUCCUACGGCCCAUCCCAAGUAAAGCCCCCAGCCGUGCAGAUGCUGUUUCAUUACUGGCCCAACCUGAAGCCUCCAGGGGCCAUAAGUGAAUACCGGGGGCUGCAGUACACAGGUCAGGUCCUCUUAAUACUAAAUUUACUUUGUCUGUCCUUGAACCAGCUGAAGGUCUGACCUAUCCACUAUUUUUCUCCCCUUCUCUUUCCUGGAUCAGCUUGGAACCCCAUCCACUGUCAACAUAUUGAGUGCCACAAUGCCAUCAAUAAACCAGCUGUCAAGGUGAUUUCAGUUAAAAAAAAUAUAUUGAAUGAGGCUUGAACCUUAUUGGUGGGUACAUAAACCAGAUCCAGCGUUCCUCCAACAAUGCCUUAUUAUUACGAUAAGAAAAUGGAUUAGCAGUGCAUUCUGUGUUUAAAAGCUUUUUCCCUGGAGAAUUUCUUCCUGUAUGCAUGGGGCAAAUACCAGACUGACUUGCAGAGUUCAACUGUGUGUUGGCGUGUUUGCUUUUGUUAGCCCCUCGAUAAAUAAAUCAGUGCAUGUCCAGGCAGCUGUGGGAGUUGGGUAAUGAUAUCAGCUCCUAUUCUACUUUACACCCGUCUCUGCUGCUGCUGCCCUGCUUUAUCAGCUCUGCCUGCCUUUACUCAACUGUGCUCAAAACUGACAAACAGAGAGAAAAAACAGGGGCACGGACAGGGGCCAGAUUUCAAUUACCAGGAGCAGGGAGGGGGUACAUGGGGAGGGGGAGCUUAAUUGGAAGCGGUGACCCUGUGCAGCCCUGGAGGAGAGGGUGGCAUCAAGUGAGCGCAGUAAAUAACAGUGCACCGUCUGAACACUGAGGCCAUAAGCAUUGAGGUUUAACACAGGGCUAGGCACUGACUGUAACAGAGCUGCAUAUGCUGGCAGUUAUCCACACUGAGGCUUAGGGAGUCAGGUAUAAAUGUCACAUGGAUUUUGUGUGCAAUAUCAUGAUAUACUUCCCUAAGAGAGAACUGCCACAGGGAUAGAAAAUAUGACCCGCUGAAACAAUAGGAGGUAAAACUCAAUCAGACAUAUCUCCUCAGAGAUUAUCCCCUGUUUUUUCCCGGUUACUUUUCAUUUUAGUUGGUAAACAUAGAAGUUUGAGAGUAACAGUACAUGGUUUUCUACAUUUCAUACAUAUUCUUUAAUAAUAUAUUUGAGUUACAAUUUAAUUUUAAUUUUAAGAGUGUGGUGCUAACAGAAAAUGGCUCCUGUAUGAAAAUGCAAGUUUGACUCAAAUGGUUAAAAAAAGUCAUUCUGUUGAAAAGGUUUAACAUCAUCUGAAACAAAGAUGUACUCUUGGGAGUGUCUAAAUGACUCACAACAAAUCCAUCAUGACUUUCUGGGAAAAGAGAAACUGUUUAGCAUGCAAAGUCCUGAUAGUCUCAUUAUUCUAGCAACAUGGGAAGAAGUUUUAUCUUUAGUUUUUUGUUUUACACUAAAAGUAAGUCAUCACAGUAUCCUUUUCUACAAUUUUUUUUACAUGCUGCAUGCAUAUUGUAACACUUUCUGUCUUUGCAGAUGUGUAUAGAUCCCACCCUUUCUGUUGCCCUGGGAGACAAGCCCCCUCCUCUUUAUAUAUGUGAGGAGUGCAGCCAGAGGAUAGCAGGGUAUGCCUGUCUUUCACAUUUAUCCUCCACCACCAGAACCUCCCCCUUCUCAACUAAAUGCCUGUCCAAACAUACAUCACACACUGCUUGCCUCAUUAUCCCCCACCUUUACCCAGGGGGAAUUCAUCACCAUGGUUACAUAAUUUCCUUGCCCUGAUAAUGAGAUGAUCAUCACAAAACCACGCAGCCACUUGUUUCCCUUUCCUCCAGCAUGUUCAUGCUAUAAUUGCAUAGUUCUCUGGUUUUCACUUUCUUUGAUAUUGAGGGGGGAGAUAUUGUGUUCAGCUUUGUUGGGAGGCUGAGACUACCCUGUGUACCGUGGGUGUAUUUGCAUUCAGGCUCUGUGGCGCAGUUUGCCUGCAAAUCAAGAGUUGUUUAUUUUUUUCUUUAACCUUUUUAGAGAUCACGCUGAAUGGCUUGUGGACGUGCUCCUGCCCCAAGGUGAGCGUUCACAAACAAAAAGUUGUUUGAUUUUCAUUCAGUCUGUCUUGCACCUUUCAGACAAACAUAGAGUAAGUAGAUAGACAGUUGUUUGAGUACAAUUACAUGAUGUUGAACAGGGGUGUGUUCAGGGGGGAGGGGGGGUCCAGGGGUGGCAUUUCCUACCCUUGGAAUAAGAUGUUUCCAAACUACUGUUAAAGGAUAUUUUUUAAUAUGAAAUAGUUAUAAAUGGAAUAAAUACAAAACAAGAUUUAAUACAUGACUUUUAAAGUGUAGCUGAAUGGUUAAAAAACAACAUUCUGUUGUUUAUAUUGUUAACAUUUUGUAUUUGUCAUUGCAGCAGAGAUAUCCGCCAUUUGUCAAAAGAAGGUAAGACACAUAAUCUGUAAAAUGAUCAAUAACGUCACAGUCUUCUUGUAUAUAACUCAUGUUCUUAGGGAUUUAAACCCUUACAGCAGCAUGUUGUGCUGAGCAUUACCCAGUGUCCUCACAAUUAGGGUAAUAAAACAUUUAUCAGUCAAUGGUUGCGAAUGAUUAACUUCGCUGCAUCUUCACAACAAUGACACCCAACCUCAAGCUGCACGCACAAAAUGAGCUGACAGCAUAAAUGAGGUUAACCUUGUAAGCAACAUUGAAGUUUUGUUUUCAACCAGUGGUUCAUAACAAAGUCAGUUAUUUCAUUUAUUUAUGUAUUUAUCUCCUUUUAUUGCAUUGAGAGGUCUGUUCACCAGAAGUGAGUGACUCAGUAAGGGUUGAAUGGAUUCAAAGGAAGCUGCUGAAGCAUGAUGUUUGUUUGCAGUUAAACGUACAGCAGAGGGGCCAGUGCUUCCUGUUGGUUUCCAGGGAGACACCUAGAAAACUGAGCAUGAGAUUAUCUCAGGUAUUCCAGUCGGUCUGAGCAGUCGCACAGUGGAAAUUGUUUUGUCCUGGGAUUUAUAAUCCAAAGCCUCUGAUUCUGAUCAGGCUUUGUCACAAUCAUUUCACAAAGCCUAUAACUCUCACCUAGAUUACUCUGCCACUGUCUUUAGGUUUUGUUUUAUUCUAGGUAUUCUUACCUCAGAAUAACUUUUUACAAACACAUGAUGAUUUCUAAGAUGGACCUAUCAGUUAUUUUAAACAUCCGUAACAUUCAAAAGGGUUUAUUUUCUUGUUGAAAGCUAGCUGGAAGACUGAGAGAACUCACGACCAGAGGACAGAUAUGUUAAUUUAAUAGGGAGCGCUGCAUCACUCUAAUGGCACAAGAUUAGAGGCUGAUCAGAUUAGGAUGCUCCUCUCGUGCCACGCUUUUUAUUUUUAGAAACCUGAGACACUGUGGGGACUCAUAAAGACUUUUUCAAUCACUGUAGAUAUGGAAAGCAGUAAAAUCAUUUCAGUGCAGUUGGUUUCUUGAGAAACCUUUGAAUAAAUGUAUUUUUGUAGAUGAAUUUCUCUUUGAUUGUCAUGUUUUACUUUGCUGCCUACCGCCCAGAAUAGAAAUGAACUAAUCUCUCCUCCUCCUCUUUUCCUCCUCUUCUUCUUUCUGUUCUUGGCUUUGAAGAACUGUAGCUCUCACGUCAGGAGAGCAGUGGUCACCUGCUUCUCGGCUGGCUGCUGUGGGCGUCAUGGCAACCGGCCUGUCCGCUACUGCAAGCGUUGCCAUGUCAACCACCACAGUGAGGUGGGGGCUGCGGCGGAGACCCAUCUGUACCAGACUUCGCCCCCUCCCAUCAACACCCGGGAGUGCGGAGCGGAGGAGCUGGUGUGCACAGUGGAAGCUGUUAUAAGGUGCAUUCAGUGUCUAUGCAGCUGUAGUUACAGGGCAGAGUGAAAUAUGUGUUUACAUGGCAUUGAAGAUAAUCAACCAGCAUGAAAUAUGAUUAAUGCUAACAUACAAACAGUAAAUUGUUUAAUCUGUUUUUUUAUGUCCUCCUGCUCUUCAUAAAUAUUUCUCUGUUGUGUUCUUUCUUUCUUCCUCUGUAAAUCCUUCUUUUCUCUUUUACCCUCUCACUAUGAAUCCAGCCUUCUUAAAGAGGCAGAGAUACAUGCAGAACAGCGAGAGUUUGAGCUAAACAGGCGUCGUCAGAUGGGCCUGUCCGCCUCCCACCACUCUUUAGACAACAUUGAGUUUGACAACAAAGAGGAUGACCAGCAUGACCAGCGCCUCCUCAGCCAGUUUGGCAUCUGGUUUCUGGUGUGUAGUCAAAGGCCUUAACAAACAAGGAACUGAGAACGAUAUAGACAGUGCAAGGUCUCUUAUCACCACCCAGCUGAUUAGUUUGCUUUUCCUGCAGGUGAGCCUGUGCACACCCAACGAGAACACACCCACAGAGAGCCUGGCUCGGCUGGUCAGCAUGGUGUUCCAAUGGUUUCAUUCUACCGCCUACAUGAUGGAUGACGAGGUUGGAAGUCUUGUGGAAAAGCUGAAGCCUCAGUUUGUUACCAAGUGGUUAAAGACAGUGUGUGAAGUGCGAUUUGAUGUCAUGGUCAUGUGUUUGCUGCCAAAGCCUGUCGAGUUUGCAAGGGUAAGGCUAAAACCAAUACCAAGUAUGACAACUGAGUUAUAAAAAAUGGAGGUAUAGCGUAGUUGAUAGUUGCAUAAAGUAUGUUGCACUGUGCACUUUACAUAAAUGAAGAAAUAUCCUUUAAUGAUAAUGCAAGUCAGAGUUUAAGUUGAAUAAAAUUGUAACAAACAGGUCUGAACUCUAUUGGCUGAUUUUGAUCUAAACUAGCCCCUGCCCAAUUUUCCUCAGGUGGGUGGUUACUGGGAUAAGUCAUGUAGCACUGUGACCCAGCUGAAGGAGGGCCUGAACCGAAUCCUGUGUCUGAUACCAUACAAUGUCAUCAGCCAGCCACUGUGGGAGUGUUUCAUGCCAGAGUGGCUGGAGGCCAUCCGCACUGAAGUGCCGGACCACCAGCUUAAAGAGUUCAGAGAGGUUUUAAGGUAUAUUUAAGUCUGGUCUAUUGCUCAUUCUAACAUUUGCCAUUAAUUGAACAUAUAGAGAUUAAUUGCUAAAGUGCUAUUUACCACCUAAUGUGUUUGUAUCUCAUAGUUGUUAAUACUGCUAUAAAUUUGUUUAAGAACAUAUGAAUGGGGUUGAUGAAAUGAUCUCUGAUAAGUUACUGUAACAGUGUAUAAUCUGCUCCAUUUUAAAGUAUUAGUCUAGAUGGCUAAGACAAAUCUCUCUCUAGAGAAUAUUUAUUUUAGUCUUAACUUGAAAGCUAAAGGAAAGAUUUGGUCUGAGCAACACUAUAUUAGCUAAAAAAAGACAAAAAUACCACAAAUGUAAAACCAGGAGUGAAAUAUGACAAUUUUCCUUUAGCAUUUUAGCUUAACAGUCUAUUACAGUACAGUAUUUUGCUAGAAGCUUGGAAGCAGUGAAAUAUUUUGGAUGUAGGAGAUGUAAGGCUAAUUCUGGGCAUAUAAAAUUAAUCAGUGCAAAGCUAAAAUAAAUUACUAAAAUAAGUAGUUUGAAAAGUCUGUCAGUUACUCUAAGUGAGAAAGCUGAAAGUUAUGUGUAUGUAAUACUUGGGCUAUUUCUGCAUUUUAAACACACCACUCACUGAGGGAUGCAUACCAAGUUUAUAAGGAAAAUGUCUAUCUAGCCAAAGUAGACACUGAGCAUGUACAGUACACUUAAAUUGCAACACUGACCUUUAAAUCGCUGGUUGUGCAACUAUAAAAUUAACUUUGUGCCUUCUGCUUACAGUAAGAUGUUUGAUAUUGAGCUGUGCCCCCUGCCCUUCUCCAUGGAGGAAAUGUUUGGCUUCAUCAGCUGCAGGUUCUCAGGCUACCCAGCAUCUGUACAGGAGCAGGCUCUGCUGUGGCUGCAUGUUAGAACUGACACACACACACACACACACACACACACACACACACACACACACACACACACACACACACACGCACACGCACACUAACGCAUGCUGUCUUGUCGGGAAGUUGACAUCCUGGGGCUCUGUCCACAGUGAGUGUGAAUUGAACAGGUUGUCAGAGAGUGUGAGAGUCUGAGCGGAGGCCCUGCUGAAUAUGGAUCUGGGUCACAGAAUGAGACUGAGAGUAAAAGGAGAGAUUUAGCCUGUCCUCCCAUAUGCACUCACAGCUUGCUGCCCUGUAUACAUGGAUCAAUUUCAAGUUUUCUGUCUGAAGAAAGAUCAAGAGAUAGCACCAACUUUUUUUCUAUCAUCAAACAGGUCACAUUAACAGCAGACAGAGCAGUAGUGUCCACUUUUACUCCAUGGAUCUUUCUCUGCGUGAUAUAUCUUCAUGCUGUAAACAUUGACGAUCCAAAAGUAUCAGUUAAAUUAUUUUUUAUCACUGUCUGGUGUUAAAUUAUGUAUUAAGUGUAAGAUUAUAGUACCUAAUAGAUCAAAUGUAGUUCAUCCUUCUUGAACAAAAUGCUUUUUUGAAUCUUACUUUGCAUUUUGUAAAGUAUAAUAGUAAUGUUUUUAGCGAUGCAUUUAAAGUGGAUCUUUUGUGUGUCUUGUUUGGAUUUAGGUGCUGUCAGAACUGGACAUCGUGGUGCCCCUUCAGCUGCUGAUUGGGAUGUUCUCCGAUGGCGUAAACUCUUUAAAGGAGCUGGCCAAUCAGAGGAAGGCACGUGCCUCCGAUUUGUCUGGCAGCACUGGAGCUCGCAGGGUGAGGGACACAGCCAUGAUAAAACUAGCUGGUGAAAGACAGAGAAGAAGAGUGUGGUUGUUGUACAUAAAUUAAUUGGUACUGAUAAACAGUUAUGAUAGUAAGAACUUGACAAAUGGAGGAUUGGACUUGACAUGCAUCACAGGCGCUUGAUGUCCUUAAAGGCCACUGUUGCUUCACUAGCAGUAGGGGUGAGCAAGGGGGCCUUUCAGUCAAGAGUCUGACCUUUUGAUAUCUCUAAAUAUUGCUUUUUCUACACGCUGUAUCUUGAGGUUGUCUAAAAGGAAUAAGCCAGAGCUUGCAGUUUAUUCCCAAAAAUAUCACCCAGCUGGAUGUUCUCACAACACCAUUUUGUGAAUUUGCGGUCUGUCAGAUGCUUUCUUUAGACACGGCAGAGUAGAUGUCCAGAUUUCUUCUCCCUUUGCUUUCUAAUUUUUUUUAUAUUGUUAAUUGGCAUGUACCAUAUGUUGCCAUGGUAACAGCCAAUGUCUAAAUAUAGCUCCCUUAAAAGGCUUAAUUGAACUUCACUAUGUUAUAGAUUUGUCAUUGAAAUUUACAGCGAGGCUACUCUGCAGUCAUGUGUCAUUAUCACUGAGGGUAACAGAGGAACACUGGAGAUCAAAACUGCUGCCUAAUGCAUAAAUAGUUUGAAUUUGAACUGAUGCAGAGAUAUUUAACUUUGCGCUCAUCUCUCAUAGGUGAGUGUGGUGUCAGAUCCUGGACGCCGGGGGCAACACAACACUCUUAGUCCAUUUCCCAGCCCCUUUAGGAGCCCGUUUCGCAGCCCCCUGCGUUGUAGCCCCUUCAAAAACCUGGGUCAUGCCAGUGGACACUGUGCUCUGGAUCUGGACUGUGAUGAUGAUGACAUGAACCUUGGCUGCUUCAUCCUCAUGUUUGACCUCAUCUUAAAGCAGGUGACCGAACCACUCUGAUAAAAUUGUGCAAAAAUGAUAACAGUUACAAUCCUGAAGGGACUUAAGAUCGGUUCCUGGAAUCCAAAGUGAAUAUAGUCCUGUUAUUUUCUUACAUUUAUUCAUCUUUUAGUGCUAGAUUAAGACUUAUUAAUUAUUAAGACAAUCAUGACAGAAAACCUUGUGCCACUAUGCUAAGGUGUACUCAGAUCAGUUUCAGAAAAAAAACCCACACUAAGUACUAACAGUCCUCACAGGUGAGCUCUUGAGAUUUGUGUAGCAUGCUCUACUUAGUAUUCCCCUGAUUUAUCCUUUUUCUCCCAUCUUGCCACCCCAGAUGGAGCUCCAGGAUGAUGGUGUGAUGCUGGGUCUUGACAGCAGCCUUGGGAAGGAUAUUGUGGGCAUCAUCAACAACGUCUUCCAGGCUCCUUGGGGGGGCUCGCACACCUGCCAGAAGGACGAGAAGGCCCUCGAGUGCAGCCUAUGCCAAUCCAGCAUCUUGUGCUACCAGCUGGGCUGUGAGCUCCUGGAGAGGCUGACCCCCCGGGAAGAGAUACGCCUUGUGGUGAGACACACAGCAUGAGUUUCUAUGCAUUAGACAUAAAUGAACCCCUGUGCAUAAGACUGAUAAGUCUUUAAAAUGCAUGUCAUGACGUCUUUAUGUCCCAUAUCACAACACAUGCAGAGCUAGUAUUGCAACUGAGAUUAAAGGUCAAUCUAUUGGGUUGCAUUUAUAGUAAAUUGAUCUAACAGAAAGCUAAUUUUCAAAUAGUUUCAAUGAGGAACAAGCUUUACCAAAUAGAUAUGUUUAUGUAUACAAUUUAUAAAGGAGUAUAUUUGUUUUUCCUCAACAGGAACCAACAGAUAGUUUGGAGGAAACCUUGCUUUUCCCUCAGCAAGAUUUCUCCCUUGGGACAGAGAAUGGAAGUGAGGAAGGAGAUAACCCAAGUGUUGCACCCACCCCUGCAACCAAUGACAACCCCAGCAACCAAUCCCCCGAUGAUGCAUGUAUGUAUCAGUUCAGUGCAAAAUGUGCAAAAUGUGCAAAAAAUCUCAGUUUCAAAAAAAUUUUUUUAGCCUUCCCUCGAUUAGGGGAUCAUAGUAGAGAAUGCACUAAAUGUUGCCAGGACACAGAAUAGACAGUGAGCACUUAUUUUUCACUAUAAAUGUGUAAGAAAACAAAAAUUCUGAUUUCACUUGACUGAAACUUGCUUAAAAAUACUUUUUUACUAUAACUAUUACUAUUACUAUUACUAAUACUAUUUUUUUAGGAUGACUAAGUUCACCUACUUGUAAAUCUUAGUGGUUCCUUUUUUGAGAUGAAUGUUUACAAAGUUAAAUGAUCUCACCUGAACUAUUAACAAUUAGGGGAAUACAUCUAUACCAACAGAGGAGUAGUUUAAGCCCUAUCUGAAUGCCUUAAAUAUGCCAACUUUUUUUUAGCUUGCUUUAUUUUAGGUUAGUGCUCAGCUAAAUUGUCCAGUAGCUUGAUGUUGCUUAAUUCUAAAAGAAACAGCUCAACACUUUUGAGUAAUUUGCUAAUUUUGUUUUGUCAAGUUACUUCAUUAUCUGCUCAUAGUCCUCACUCAUGUCACAUUCCUGCUACAAUUCUACCAUGCAGAUACGUGAAGUUGUAACAGAAAUCUCUUCUUUAUUCCAGCCAUGAAAAACAACUCUGAUAAAAAGUUCUCCUACCAGCAGCUCCCUGUGUCUUUGAGACUCAUUUACACCAUUCUUCAGGUACAUGUUUUGAAUAACUGGGGAUGGAAACUUAGAAGUUAAAGCUCAGUUUCUGUGACUUAUUUGACUGGAUAUGUUGGUCACAUCUAUCCUCCAGGAAAUGUCUAAGUUUGAGGAGCCGGACAUCUUGUUCAACAUGCUGAACUGCCUGAAGAUCUUGUGUCUUCAUGGAGAGUGUCUGUAUCUCGCCCGCAAAGAUCACCCACAGUUUCUGGCCUACAUCCAGGAAAAGAUGCUCAUCCCAAGGUUUCUAUGAGCUUUUUUUUUUCUUUCAUUAGCAUUUGUUAAAAAAAAGGUAACUUGAUAUUAUUUGUUUGUGUGUCUAAUUUUGUGUUCAUGUGUCAGUCUGUGGUCUAUGCUAAAGUCAGAGUUCUGUCAGCUGGCCUCUCUGGCUGUGCCUCAGCUUCUGCACGCGCUCUCUCUGUCCCACGGAGCGGACAUCUUCUGGAACCUCAUUAACACCAACUUCAACAGCAAAGACUGGAAAAUACGGUUUGAAGCAGGUAAGAUACAGCUUGUGGUGCAAAUCUAACAUCAUUGUAUAAAUCUAUAUCCAUAAAUGAACUCCUCGUCCAGCUUAUCAACUAAUUCAACCAUAGUAGUUUUUUAUUUUUUCUUAAUGUUUUGUUUUAAAAGCAAAAUAUCAUUGUGUUUGAAUGAACCAUUUGAUAAAGGCCUCAAGUCUGCUGGUAUAAUUUGCUUUCCAAACCAAUGCCUUUCCACAUCUCCCCCUCUGUUGUCAUGGUUACUGUGCAGCUCAUACAGGCGUUAAAGAGGAAUUGUGGGAUUAAUAAGGUUUUUCUCUCGCCUCAUGAUUGGCAGAGAGGAGCCGUAUGACCUUGAGUCAGAGGCAGAGGACUAGAUAUGUAAAUUAAAAAGGAGCAGGGAGAACAGCUGAACUGACAUGAGCCCCAAACCAACAGUAAAUAUGUCUGAACAUCUUUAAAUUAUGCAUGCUAAUACCCAAUAAUUCAGUCACUGCUCAGAGAAGGAUUAUAUGACAAUGUAGUUGACAUUAUAAUUAAGCUUAAAUGAUAUUGUUUCUUCUUUUAUAAGGACUGUUGUUACAGAUAACUGUCAAGAUAAAUCAUUUAUUACUGAUUAUUCAAUUCAACUAAUCAUUCAAACCUUGUAGGCAACAGGCAAUAGGAUUUUGCUCAUGAUAGUCUCUCCUCCUCAACACUGACAUCUAGUGGUGUUAGUGGUCUUAUUAAUCAACCUUGAGUUGGUAAGAGAUUCAAAAAGAAGUAUCUAUUUUUAGAUUUUAAUUCUGGUGAAUUUGUAGAUGAGGACCCCAUUACUGGAAGUACCUGGUUUUCUGAAACAACUGUGAGCACUCUUAUUGUGAUACUGCGGGAGGGAAUGCAGGAAUGUCAUUUGCUUGUUUACUUCCUCUCUCUUACUAUGUGAUCUCUGUGUGAUGCUGCUGAUUUCCCCUCACUCACUCAGUGGAAAAGGUUGCGGUGCUCUGUCGGUUCCUGGACAUUGGUGCGGUUACGAAAAACCACCUGCUUAAGUAUUCCUUGGCCCAUGCUUUCUGUUGCUUCCUGGCCUCUGUGGAGGAUGUUAAUCCAGCUGUGGCCACUCGAGCCAGGCUGCUGCUUGACACUAUCAAGAGACCAGCCCUGCAGGUGAGCUGACAAUGUACAUCAGCCAACCAAAGGAAGCAAAAUAUCUCCAGCAGGAUAAUUUAAAGCAGUUCUUGUACUAUUUUAAAAGUCCAGUUCAUUUUCUUAAUGUAAUGUUAAUUGUGAUGUCUCUCUACUACAGAAAUUUUAAUUCAGAGCAGUAUUUGGAGGAAGUUGACUUAAUAGUAGUGCAAGUUUUGUUAUGACUGCCAACAAAAUAUUUAUAAAAGGGAAAAUCACCAGAAAAAGUUGCUCUUACUAAUUCAAGAUAAAAAUUAUUUCAUGAUACCUUUAAGGGUUUAGUCAAGACUGCACUAAUAAUCAGACUAAUUUAAUCAUUUUAGCAGUAGAGAACCUAUUAAUUUCAUGUGUAUCUGUCGUUCAUUAUUAUCAAGGGUUUGUGCCUCUGCCUGGAUUUCCAAUUUGACACUGUGGUGAGGGAUAGGCCCAUUAUCCUCAGCAAACUCCUACUGCUGCACUUCCUGAAGAAAGACAUUCCUGCGCUGAGCUGGGAGUUCUUUGUCAACCGCUUUGAAACACUAUCUCUGGAGGCUCAGCUCCACCUGGACUGCAACAAGGAGUUCCCUUUCCCUACAAGUAAUCUACUACACUGUCCCCAUUCAUACUUUCAUACCUGCAUGUUGCUUGACAUAAUGUUUUGAGUAACAGAAGUACCAAAGUUCCCUGAAUGAAGUCUGGAAUCUUUGUUCCAACAGCUAUCACAGCAGUGCGAACCAAUGUAGCAAACCUCAGUGAUGCGGCGAUGUGGAAGAUACGAAGGGCCCGUUUUGCCAGGAAUCGACAGAAGAGUGUGCGUUCCCUCCGUGACAGUGUUAAGGGAGCUCCAGCUGAGUCAAAAAGAGCUUUUUCACUCCCUGAGUCACUGAGCAACCGACUCCGUGAGUAGUGAAAAACCAAUCAGUCUUUUCUGAAUGUAAUUCAAAUCUGGGCCUGUCACUUUCACUUACUUUAUGGUCUAACAGUGUUUGCAAAUACAAAGAAGUUUUUGGUUUAUUACCAUUUUCUAAAAGCACUUAGUUCUGUCUGCGUUGUGUUUAUGUUGUGAUCACCACCCGUUUUCAUUGCCUGUAGGUCAAACCAAAUGUCUUACAUUUGCAAAUACUAUUUGGCCAAGCCCUAUCCUCUUUUCCUAAUGUUUCCCUCCUUACUCAUGUGUACCCAGCAUUUGUUUCACUCGAAUGUUUGAACACUUAUUUCGUUUGCUACUUGGGUUGACCUUUUAACAUGAUAAAAUUAUUUUGUAUUCAUGUUUAACCAGAACGUGCUGCUUAUUCAUGAUAACACUUUGAUUUGAAACUGUUUUGUGGAGUGUUUUAAUGUGUGUUUGUGUAUUUCUACAUAUCGGAUGAGACAGAGGCUCUACACAUGUCCUGUCCUGCCUCUUCUGUAUAUUCGUUUAAAUUUUUUUCUUCAUAUGUGAUUUUUUAGCUUUAAGACUUACGAGGCAAGAGCACUCUGCCCCGACACUGGGAGAUAUGAUAGAGAAAGUCCUGCCAGGUAAAUAACCACCAAAGUCUAAUGAUACCUUCAUAAUCAUACUGCAUUGGAGGAAAAGUACAGUUUGAUUAUAAGCAAGCUAAAUUAUGAAAAGCAGUUGUCAUUUUGUUCAUCCUGCCUCAGGUUUACUCUAAUUUUAUCAUAAGAAAGAAUGACAUUAUGACCAGCUAAAGGUUAGAUGGUCGUCUUUUGUUUUUUCCUAAUUUUCCAUGACCAUGUUACACUGAUAUAUGUGUAUUGCAUGCUUAUGCCUCCACCUCUCCUGACAGAGAAGUGGACAAGUUGACCUCCCCUACCUCUUUGUUAUUCCUCCCGCCCCCCUUUGUUCCCGCACCCAACCCUCUCUGCAACUCCACCUGUCUGUAGCACAUUUCCUCCUCCCGCACUCUAACCCUGACGCUUCAGCCGCUCUUGCAGGCCAGACCCCGUCUCCAGAAGAUGACACCAUCAUUAGAGACCUGCUCCCUGAAGAUGCUGGCAUCGACCACCAGACGGUCCACCAGCUCAUCAUGGUGCUUAUGAAAUUCAUGGCAAAAGACCAGAGCAGCGCUGAGGCCGACAUAGGCAGUGCCAAGGCUUUCAACACAGUGAAGCGUCACCUGUAUGUGCUGCUGGGAUAUGACCAGCAAGAGGGCUGCUUCAUGAUUGCCCCUCCGAAGAUGCGCACGUCCACCUGCUUUAACGGAUUCAUUGCUGGAAUUGCACAAGUGAUUGAAAAACAACUUAUUAUUCACUUUUGUGGUACUUUCAAGCUGCAUGUCAAAAUAAAUAUAUUGAACUGUGUUGAAUGAUUGCUAAUGAAUCCUUUGCUUCUUUAAGGUGAUGGACUACAACAUAGGUUUAGGGAAGCAGCUGCUCCCCCUGGUGGUCCAGGUGUUGAAGUACUGCACAUGUCCUCAGCUGAGGCACUACUUCCAGCAGCCGCCUCGAUGCUCCCUGUGGGCCUUGAGGCCACACAUCAGACAGAUGUGGCUCAAAGCUCUACUGGUCAUCCUCUACAAGGUGGCUUUUUAUCAUUUGCACAGAGUGAGUUGCAAAUGUUACUGAAGGUUAUAUAGAUGAACUAAUAUGUGUCUCCCCGUGCUUAACAGUAUCCUUACAGAGACAUGGACGGCAGUAAAGUGGUCCUCCACCUCAUCCACAUCACCAUCAACACACUGAACGCCCAGUAUCACAGCUGUCGUCCUCACGCUACAGCUGGACCACUCUACAGUGACAACUCCAACAUGAGCCGCUACAGCGAGAAAGAAAAAGGUGACAAAGCACAGAGAACACAGUCUACCUCAACCAUAGCUGAACAGAUCACAGUAAAUAAACAAGACCUAUUGUGCGCAAGAGCACUGCAAUUUGUUGCUUUGUUCAAAUGCUUAGAAAAGAUUAUUAUCAGGACUGUGUUUUCAAAGGGAAAAAUGUACUAGAGGCCCUCUUUUCAGUGCACAUCUGCUUCUUAAAUGCAGAACUGAUGUUGAUUCUUUCUUCAUCUCAGAAGAGGACAGUGUAUUUGAUGAGUCAGACGUCCAUGACACACCGACUGGAGCAGCUAACAAGGAGUCACAGACCUUCUUUGCUCGUCUGAAGAGGAUUGGUGGCAGCAAGUCUGUGAAGUACCAGCCGGUGGAGCUGAAUGCCAAGAAAAGUAAGCAACAGAGGCUUCCGAACUGAAGUGCAGUGAAACAUUAGAUUGAUUGACUUUCAUUUAUUUUUUAGCUCAACUGCUUUUUGAGGUUGCAAAAGGCUUGUUGAUCAGGUCUUAUUUCUCCUCUUUGUAUCAGGUGAAAUUGAGCUGUCAGAGUACCGUGAAGCCAGUGCUCUUCAGGACAGCAUCUUGCACUGUGUGAGGGAGGAGAGCACCAGGAAGAAGCGGCUACAGGCCAUGCACAAGCAGAAAUCUUUGGACAUUUCCAACACUGACUCCAUCCUUUUCAAUCUGGAUGAACACAGACGUAAAUCCUGCAUUGAUCGCUGUGACCUCCAGGCACCUCCUGUGGUUCUGCCCCCUUCUUCAGCCACGUCCCACAGCAGGCGUCAUGGCAAAGGAUCCUCUGAUGGCUCCUCUGUUCGGGUGGAGGGUGUUGAUACUGUGGAUCGACGGGGUUCUCGAGGUGGACAGUCUGACAUUUCCAAACCUGUCAUCCCAGAGGUCCGCCUCAGCUGCAUGGAGACCUUUGAGGACAAGCUAGACCAGGGCUCGCUGGAAGGAUCAGCUCAGGGGAAAGAAGACCAGGACCUCAUUGACCUCUCAUCUGACUGCACCUCUAUACCAGAAAAACACUCCCUGCUGUCAAUGUCUGACAGUGACUCCUUGGUGUUUGAACCGCUGCCUCCUCUAAGGAUCGUGGAGAGUGACGAAGAGUUUGACCUCAACACCAUUAUCGCCUCCAAAUUCAACGGGAGUCCAAAGGUCUCUGCUUCUCCUGCGAGCAGCAACACUUUGCGGCUGUCUCCUGUGGUUCAGGUGAGCAUAGAGGACUGUUCAAGUGGCAAAAAGACCCCAGAACCUUUAGGCUCAGAGGAAAACAAGUUGAGCCGUGUGACUCCUAGCACAUCUCUGGAUCUCCCUGACCGAGCGGAAAACAUCUGUCAUGAAAGCCCCAUGACCUUGAAGCAGAAGAGAGACCUGCUGAGGAAGACCCCGCAUGUCCCUUACUCCUCUCUGGAUGAUGUACCUGUGGCCUCUGAUGAGGUAAAAACGGGGAUGGGGUCUGGUACAUCUCCCUCAGGAAGAACCAUUUUCUUGGAUAUCCCAGAGGACAAUGCAGAGCCUCUGUCCUCACCAGAAAAAAGCAAGAGCAUCAGCAAUGAUGAAGAGGAAGAAGAUGGAGAUGACGAAGAGGAUGAUGACAUGGGGGAUGAGGCAGACAGUGAAACAAAACCUGACAACAAUGGGGGAGAGGACAACGAUGAGGCAGAGUUCAAAAUCCAGAUUGUCCCUCGUCAAAGGAAGCAGAGGAAGAUCGCUGUCAGCGCCAUCCAGAGGGAAUAUCUGGACAUCACUUUCAAUAUGUUUGACAAGCUGGGAGGAGAGCAGAGUGCAGAGUCAGGUAAGAGCAAAGGAUGAGGAUCAAUAGUUCCUAAUGUGUCAUCUGUUUUCAAUCAUCCUGAAGGUGAUGUUAAAGAGCUGAAGAGGUUUGCUUCAAAAUUAAAAGUGUGCAUUUGAACCAUUGUCCAGAAUUCAAUUUAACCUAAGGUUAACUGAGAUAACAUUCACAUUAAUUAGGGUUACAGUGAGAAGUAACCUUGGAAAAAGAAUCAACUUUGUCUUAAAAUCUCAUUUAUUCCCUUCGUCAAUGGAUCACACUGUAAUGCACCUUAUUUUAAAUAAAUUCAAUAAAGCAGUUUUAUUAUUCAUUUUUCUUGUGUAGCAUCAUCACAGCGAUUUUGAAAUUACACGUCUCACACAUAAUCAGUCUCUCUUUUAACAACAUUACCUCAUAAUUACAGUGUAACCUUUAUAAAAUCAAUUCAGGCUUUAUGUUCACGGUGAGGGAUCACUGAGCUCAAUCAGAGACUAUGUAGACCAAUGGCAGCCUGUAAAAUGCAUCCUAAUGGUCGACAAGGCAGUAAAGGAGGCAACCUGAGAUUGCACUUUAUGUUUUUGAAUAUAGUGCAAGCUGCCUCAAACCUUCACAAACCUCUUUGGCUGUUGUCCUGUGGAGACUUUUAAGCAUCAGCAGAUGUGAAACGAUGUAUGAGAAUUAAUAUUAGAGAAGAAGAAGAAGAAGAAGAGCAAUACAAAUAAAAAACAAUCUUUAUGUUAGGUUAGGGAGAAAAAAACUAAACCAAACAUAAACCUGUAAUUAAUAAUCUAAUCUAAAUAGACCCUAAUGUUCUUCAGGUGGAUGCAAAGUUACUGCAUUAUACUACUGAAUGUCUUUAUCAAAUGCAGCAAUCAAAUUGGCUUUUAUUCUGAUAGUCUGCACAUUAUAAUUAUUUGCCUUGCAGAUCACAAAGUUCUGUCCACAUUGGAAAAGCCCCGAGAAUCUGCCUCAGCCCCAACGCUCGAAGCUGCUAUUCCUGAAACAAGCCACCGUUCUUCUGUCUCAAGUAGGAUCAUAUACUUAACUACAUGAAUAAAUCAAUAAAUUUCCCUUAUGAUAAUGUUAUAGAAUUUUAAGAGCCUCAUAAUUACACUACUUUUUAAGCCUUUACUUUCAAUACUAUAACAAUAUAAUUCUUACACAGAUAAUACACUAAAACCACACAAAUGACUGUUUUCAAGCCAGUGGAAUAUUUAUUUAUAAUGUAAAAGAAAUGAAUGUUAGCCUAAAAGAUUUCUUUUUAAACAUUAUUGCAACUCUUCUACAUAAGUGGUUUGAUGAAAUGGGACUGACCAUAUCUUCUAAUGUGUGUCAUAUCUUUGCCCAUGUAACUAAUCUCUUAUUUUUGGUUUCAGUAAAAUGGUCCGAACAGGUGCCUGAUCCUUUGUCCUGUUUACUGUGUCUCUUUAGCUCAGUAUCGCCAGGUGAAGCGAGGCUCUCUGGGAGCGCUGACCAUGAGUCAGCUCAUGAAGAGACAGCUGGAGCAUCAGUCCAGUGCGCCGCACAACAUCAGCACCUGGGACACCGGUCAGUCAGCCUGUACUUUUCAUGAUCUUACAUUGAGUCCCUAAGGAGAGACAUAGACACACUGUUGUAACUUAUGUAUAUUCUGUAUUUAAAAGCAAUGCUGAUCAGUCAAAGGAAGUGAACUCUUAUGCAGGCAAAGAAUGCAUAUAAUAAGAAUCUCUCAGGCACUCUUAGUGGCUGCUUUAAAGGAGCUGUAAAGAAAUAUGCUCAUGUUAAUUCUGGCAGCUCUAUUGAGCAAAGUGGGGUUUAUUUCAGCUUACUAUGUUAUCUGACACAAAAUUGAAACUCUUUAUUUUAAGAUUCAAAUGCCUUCAUAAUGAAUAUUUUAUGUGAAAGGAAGAUUUUGACCACUUCUACAGAAUGUUUUAAGUCCAAAAUGAUGAGAUACUUUGAAUACUCUAUCAAGAACUCUAAAUAUCUCAUCUUUAAGGUUGUGAGUGUUUCACCUCAAUUGCAACAGACUUGCUGUCUGAACAGAAACAACCAACUACAACACCAUCUCGAUCUUUCUCAAUGACCUUAUCUGGCAUCUAACUGCCUAAUCUAACCCACAGCCCACACUUGUUUUAUCUCUGAAUCUCUCUUUGCAGGUCCCACAAAGACCAGUCUACUCUCUGCACCGAGCACAGUCAGCAUGUUUGUUCCUGCCCCUGAGGAGUUCAUUGAUGAGCAGCCGACCACUAUGUCUGACAGGUGAAGAAGAUUAUCAGUUCAAGGCUUAGAGUCUUAAGCGAAAAAAGUCCUUCAUCCUGUUCUGUUUCUUUGUGUCCCAGGUGUCGUGACUGUGCCGCUGUGCUGGAGGAAUACGAUGAGGAGACUCUUUGCCUUGCAGUAGUUGUCCUCUCCAUGUUCAUCCACCUCAGCCCUGAUUUGGCCGCUCCGAUGCUCCUCGACAUCAUGCAGUCUGUGGGCAGGUACAGCCUCUUCAGCAGCGGUCCACAUCCACACAGCACUUCACCGUUAAAUGAAGUUUCAUAACUCACCCUUAGAGCUCAUGCAUAAUUCAUCCCCUGGAGUCCUAAUCCGCUGCUUUAACUUCUUUUAGGUUGGCAUCCAGUGCCAAUUUCUCUGGACAAGCUGAGAGGUAUGAGACAUAAAAGCCAUCACUUCUCAGAUAUUCACUCUGCUUAUAGACGAGUUUAAUAGCGAAUGUGAAGUGUGUCAGCCUGUCCAACUCUGCCAUUCUUCCUUGAUGUUUCUAUUUCUAUUUUUUGCAGUAUGUUGAUUCCUGGGAAUGUAGCAGGUGUAGCCAAGCAGUUCCUUCGCUGUGUUUUUCACCAGUUGGCCCCUAAUGGCAUCUUACCCCAACUCUUCCAGAGUAACAUCAAAGGUCUGUCCAUAUGAAAUCUCAAAUAUGCUAUAAAUGUAUCCUCACUACUAUUCCCCUCACUUUAUAUUAUAAUUGCAAGGUAUAAGAAGUUUCUCAUCUUUCUUCUUUUAUCACAGAUGGAAGUUUUCUGCGGACUCUUGCGCUCUCCUUGAUAGACUUUAAUGAAUUGAGCUCCGUUGCUGCCCUCAACAUGCUUCUGGAGGUGAGAUUCUUCCUCAUGUGGCUGUGUUGAGUCCUUUCACCAGCAGGAGGAGCUCUUGUCAAAGCACAAACCUCUAACUCCAGCUUCUUGCAAACCAUAAGCCUUUUUAAAACAACAAAUCACUGGAGCAUUGAAGGAAACCUGCCUCACUCUGCACUACUGUGCCACUUUAUUGUUGCUGUUAAGCUGCACAGAUGAUGCAAGAACUCAUGGGCAUCCAUCUCCGCUUGAAUGUCCUAAUUCUUAGGCUUUCAUCAUGAGCAUUGUGAUUGAUCAGGACUGAAUGAUCAGUUAAAUGGAAAUAUCUUCGCUUAAAGAAUACCAUUAUAUAACCCUGUUGUGGUUUUAUGCCUCUGUGCCCUCCAGGGUUUAAACAACAAGAAGAGUCUGCCAGCAGGGGGCACUAUGCUGCACUGCCUGGAAAACAUCGCCACCUUCAUGGAGGCUCUCCCCAUGGACUCUCCAAGCAACCUGUGGACAACCAUCUGCAACCAGUUCCAGACCUUCCUCACGAAGCUGCCCUCUGUGCUUCCUCUAAAGGUAGAUAUCAAAUCUUCCCGUCACUUAGUCAUGCCCUGAUAUGGUUUAAUGCAAUUAUAGCCCGAGGAAAAAGCAUCUUGCUGUGUCCUUGUCGGGUUCAAUAGGACAGACUCUCAAAAAUGUAAUUGAUUUGACUCUGACGCUUUUUACCUUGAAGGUCAGAUUAGUAUAAUAUAAUCUAAUUCAAAACACCAAGUCCAGGAAUAUGGGUAUGCACCAUGUGAUAAUUUCCAGCUGUUUCUGUUUUUCUGUUAUUAAAUCUGUUUGUGUCAUUAGUGCCCAAUGGAUUCCAGCUUGAGGAUUAUCAUUUGUCUGCUGAAAAUACCAACUACAAAUGCAACCCGGGUAAGCUCCAAGCAACUUCACCAAGUCUUCGUCCAAAUCUGGUUCUUUUAUUCCUAACUUUUUCUCUGCCUUUUUCCCUUCUCUUAGAGCCUCCUUGAGCCGUUCUCCAAGCUGCUGAGCUUUGUCAUUCAGUAUGGCAUGUUCAGUCUCUCCUACCUCGUUGAACUCUGCGGACUGUGUUACAAAGCCUUCAAUAAGGUACAGCCAAGCCUGUUUACGUGGAUUCUUUCCCGUUUGCAGAAAAAAAAAAAAAACAUGCUGACAUCAAGUGUUUGUGCCGCCUCGAAAGAGUUAAACCUUUUAAACUAAUCUGCUGCGUUUAAAAGGCUCCUGUUCCCAGGCCUCUUGCUCAUCACUCUUUUGGUGCUGAACCUACUUCCCCGGGUCUCCAGCUGGCCAGAAAUGUGGCCACAUGUCACAGAUGAUUAAGUAGGCAAUCAGCCAGUAUUGAUUAACAUGAUUAGUUGGUGUGCUAGGGGCUGAGGAUGUAUGGCGUGUUUCUGAGUGGCUGUCUCAGACAGAGAUGGAGCCGGGCAUGUCCGCACUGUUGGGGCCAGAUGGAUCCUCGGUCCUUCAACACUGUCAACACUGCAUGCUUUAUGUCUCCUGCAGUAUUGAUUUUCUUCACCCUCCUUAAUUCCUCACCAUAUAAUAUCCGCUUUUGAAAAACCUGGAGUCACUAUGAGCUAUGGCUUCUGGACACUAUCCUAUGCAGUUGUAUUAAGGAGACGUGAGGAAAGAACAGGGAGAAUUGUUUUUUACUUGGAGGUCAGAUUUUUAAGGACACAGAGUCAGGUUUGCUAGUUCUGCUGAAGUUUGUCACACUAUGCACCAUUUGUCACUAUAAACGUGGCUUUUUAGCUUACAGACAGACUAUGAUUUGCUUUUUACCUAACAGACAUGCUCCAUUAAGUUUUACUCAUGAGAGUGCUGCAUACAGGUAUGUGCAUUAACAAGCCACACAGUUAGAAAUGUGGGAAGCAGCUUUGAGUUCUGUUAGAGUGUACAAGCAUGUGCCUGCGCCUAACGUAGGCAAACAUGACUGCAUAGAGAAAAAGAGAGACGCAAAGUAAAAGCCAGAAGAUGACAGUGUGGUUUGUAAACAGGCAGCUGGGCUUUGUGUAGAAGGGAUGAACAAAGAGAGCAGCCUGUCCUCAGGGAGGGAGAAGGCAGCCUGACAGCCUCAUCUGAGCUGCCUGGGACUCAGGGAGGAGAGAUCUGGACUGGCCUAAAUCUACUCCUCAGCCUCCUCGCCAUUCUCUGUCUAUUCUCUGUCUCCCUGCAUCCCCUCCCUCCCCUCUCUCUGCCUGUCCUUCCCCCUCUAUUCAGACUACAGAGUUUAUGCUCCCCUCGCAGCAUGAGUAAGGAAGAGUGAUAAUAGAAAAAGGCAGUCUUGCUGCAUCAGUACAUUUACUCCACUCUCUUUUCUUCUCUUUGCAUCUAGGAGAGAGAUAAGUUCUACAUGUCUCGCAUUGUGGUCUUAGAGCUUCUUCAGGCUCUCAAGUUCAAGUCGUCUCUACCUGACACAAACUUAUUACUGCUAGUCCAGGUAACAAAACCCUCUUUGGCCCACUUAUAAGUUGACAACAAGGGAAAUAAAUCAUUUUUUGAUCUUGAAUAAAAUGCUGAAGCCUGCUCUGGUAUUCUUCAGUUUGUGUGCGCGGAUAUUGGUACUCGUCUCGCUGAAUCCACCAUCAUCCAGAAACACAUGAUCUCCACGCUGCCGGGGGUAAGUCUUUGGUGGAUGUGUGUGUGGAGCUUAUUAGAAUUAGCCUCAUAAAACAGUAGGAGGCAAAAUUAAACCCUGCUGUGAAUCCUCCUAAAGGAUAAACUGUUUUCAUUCCCACAGUGCACUACAGCAGCCAUGGAGUGCAUGAGACAAUAUAUAAGUGAACUCCUGGACUUCAUUGCAGACAUGCACACAUUAACAAAACUUAAAGUAAGUCUUGGUUCUUUCAAUGUGAGCGACAGAGUUUGCAAAUCUUUUCAUUUGCAUUGCAUUCCUGAUUGUUGCUUGAGUUUGGUCUUAUCUUUCUUCCUGACUUUACAUAUUUUAUCCAGAGCCAUAUGAAGGCUUGCUGUCAGCCACUGCAUGAGGACACUUUUGGGGGAAAUCUUAAAGUGGGCUUGGCACAAGUCGCUGCUAUGGAAAUCAGCAAAGGCAAUCACCGUGAUAACAAAGCUGUGGUCCGUUAUCUCCCUUGGCUGUAUCACCCGCCAUCCACCAUGCAACAAGGGUAAGAAUGACAAAAUGACAGGCCGCUGCAGGAAUGAGACUAAGCCACAUACAUGCAAAUAUCCUUAAUUCCCUCUUGCAACACCCACCUAUGAUUGUCCAUGUGCACCCAGGCGGAUAUUGAUAUCAUUCCUUUUUAUUCUAUCAAGCUCACGUAUUUACCUCGUCAACAAAUCACAAAUGAACAGACAAUUUAUACCACAGCUUGUUAGCAUUAUAGAAAGCAGCCAGUGCUAACAUUGGUCCUGAUAGACCCUUUGACUUUAUGUAGAGUGGAUGUGACCUCAUUUGCAUUCAUGGUGAGACGUGAAGCCAGAAAAACUGUUUUGAUAGACAUUGACAUAUUGUGCUGGUGGAGAUAAGUCACACCCUGAAGUCACCUGGCUGGUGCAGCUGCUGGUAUUUAUACAACAGAUAACCUGGUAUAAAGUAGUACAACAAAAUAUUAGCAUUUGAGUUGCCUACCCUGAGUGGGAGAUUACAGAAGGAUGUGUAAAUAUGGUAAAUUUCUGAAAAAAAAUUGACAUUAUUUUGGUGUGCGAGCCAAAAUCUUAACGCCAGCUGAAGAAAUACAAAUCCUUUUACUUCAUACCUCUUCAGAGAAACCAUUACAUACAUUGCUACAUCCAAGUGAAAGUACAUUUUUUUAAUUCCAAUAUUUUUUUUUCUUUUCCUCAGGCCAAAAGAAUUUAUAGAGUGUGUGUCCCACAUUCGUCAGCUGUCCUGGCUGCUUUUGGGUUCACUGACACACUGCGCCCUGCACCAGGGCUCCACCUCCUGUAUGCCUAUCCCUCUAGACGCUGGCUCCCACAUCGCGGAUCAUCUCAUAGUCAUCCUCAUCGGGUUCCCAGAGCAGUCAAAGGUCCAGCAAAAACAAAUCCCGAUAAAUGACUCCGCCCAGGUUUUGUUUUGUUGAUAUGAUCUUUAACCGGCUGUUCUGCUUCACCUCCUCCAGACAUCAGUGCUGCAUAUGUGCUCGCUGUUCCACGCCUUCAUGUUCGCCCAGCUGUGGACCAUCUACUGCGAACAGGCGGCUGCUGCUCCUUCACUGGUCAACCAAAACCAGACUGAAUUUUCCUCUGGUGCCAUCCUUACUGGCCUGGAGUUCUGGAGUCGGGUUACACCCAGCAUCCUGCAGCUCAUGGCUCAUAAUAAAGUGGUCAGUGCUCUGCCUUUGCCUUUUACACUGAAGGUCUGUCUUAGCACUCGACAGACUUGUUCAUGUGCAAAAUUUGAUGAAUAUUUUCUGUACUUUGUCCCACAGAUGGUGGAGAUGGUGUGUCUUCACGUCAUUAGUUUGAUGGAAGCCCUGCAGGAGUGCAACUCCACCAUCUUUGUCAAGGUUUGCUAUAAUUCAUUCAGAGUUGUUUUAUAAUGCCAUUUUAUUUUUUAAACACACGCAUAUGUAUUGUUUAUUUUCCCUCUAGCUAAUACCUAUGUGGCUACCCAUGAUCCAAUCAAACCUCAAGGUGAGACUUUUAAAAAGCUGUACGCUGUUAUUCAGAUAAUUCAUGAUAUCUUAAGAAUUGCAGCCUUUUAACUUGUUUUUCCAUUCUUGCCUUUUCAGCAUCUGUCCGCAGGGUUGCAGUUGCGUCUUCAGGCCAUCCAAAACAGAGUGAACCACCAGUGUUUGCAGGGCCAGACAUCUGGGACCCCACCAUUCGCUCUGAGAAAAUGGCUCCAGUGCACUCAGUUCAAGAUGGCUCAGGUGGAGAUCCAGUCGUCUGAGGCUGCCUCACAGUUUUACCCCAUGUGACCUACUCUGUGGGUUCAGUCAGGUCCUCAGACCUGCAUGCAUCCUCUUUGUCUGACCAAAAAAAAGAGACUCUUAUUUAAUCUUAUACUGUGUGAAAUAUAAUUUUCAGCACCUUUAGUAAACUACCUGUAAAUGUACAGUGAAUCUAUGCUAUUUUAGAAUACUAUUACUGGAGCUGGUGAGUGAAGUUUUGACAGGCUUGUGUGGGACUCUUGCAUCAGGUGCCUGAAUGUUGUUUUAAAAGUAUAAAGAUGAUGAGAUUGAUUUCUACAGACUCAUGUUAGUAAUACUAAGGUUCUGAAGUGGGGUGCUUGUUGAAUCUUAGAUUGGCUCACUCUGUCACAUUCAUAUUCUAUCACUUUAUAAGUUGCUUGGUUGCAAGCUGGAUAAUAAAAGUACCAGUUUUUCUAAAUGUUGA